UUGUUUGUUUCCCAAGAAAAACUUUACUCAGUUUUCCCCUUCCCUUUCAUUUCCUGGGAAGAAAAAGAAAAUAAAAAAAAUUCCUAUGUUUUAAAGUCGCUAAUUUUCUCGAUUAAAAGAAGAAAAAUUAAAAUUGAAACUCUCUUAAUGGCGAGCAGAAAGCUUGUUCGAGACUUGUUUAUCUACCGUCAAUUAAUAUCCCAACAGGGUUCAGGCACGAGAUUACGGUUGCCGUUGCCGCCGCCGCUAUUAUCGAAGACGCAUUGGAAUUACUUAGGUUACCGUGGUUUUGGAGUGUUUAAUGAGUUCUCUAAGAAAAUUAAAGGAGAGGUCAAUAGGAAUUCAGAAUUCCAACAAUCAGUCAAGGAACUGAAGGAUAAAGCAGAAGAACUGAAAGGGGUGAAAGAAGAACUGAAAGUUAGAACGAAGCAGACAACUGAGCAGCUGUACAAGCGUGUAGAUGGUGUUUGGACGGAGGCUGAAGCUACUGCCAAAAAGGUUUCUGCCAAUGUCAAAGAGAAGAUUUCAGCUGCCAAAGAAGAGGUCAAAGAAACUCUUAAUCUUGGGAAGCAGGAGUCUUCCAAGUCCAGUGACAGUUCAGAGAAAGAUGGUGCCGAUGUAAAUGAUGGUAAGAAGGCCUCAUCUGGUGAAGGAACAGACAAGCAAAAUGACACUAGUGAUAAUGCAGAAACAUUUUUUGGAAAAUUUAAGUCUAGCAUACCCUCCUCAAAGGUGUCAUCAGCCUUCCAUAGAUUGAAGGAAGCAAAGGUUACUGACUUUAUGAAGAAGGGGUAUGAUGUUAUGAAGGAUGAAUUUUAUGGAAACCCUAGUAAGAGAAAGCACCUAGAGUAUACUCCUCCCCCCUCCUUCAAAGGUGAAAGAAGCACAAGAACGGACAUUGUUGUUCUACCAACAAAGCAAUCUCGAUGGAGUAAAAAGUGGGAGGCCUUUAGAAAAAAGAUGCAAGGUAAUCCUGUAUUCAAGCGUUUUGCUGGCAUUAGUGAGCCUGUUGUAUCCAAGGGUCAAGAGAUUGCUGAGGACAUGCGGGAAAGAUGGGAGACUAGUGACAGUCCUAUAGUCCACAAAAUUCAGGAUGUUAGUGAUACUAUAUUUCAAGAAACUGAUGCUGCUUCAUCUCUCAAGGAAAUACGUCGACGAGAUCCAUCAUUCUCUUUGAUGGAUUUUGUGGCUGAAGUCCAGGAAGCUGUUAGACCUGUCCUUAAUGCUUACAUAAAGGGAGAUUUAAAGACUUUGAAGAAGUACUGUACCUCUGAAGUUAUUACUCGUUGUGAAGCAGAGCACACGGCUUUUCAGAGCCAUGGUAUAUUUUUUGAUAACAAGAUUCUUCAUAUAUCUGAGGUGGAAGUAAGAGAGACCAAAAUGAUGGGAACGUCACCAAUAAUCAUUGUUGCAUUCCAAACGCAGCAAGUCCAUUGUGUACGCGAUCGAAAUGGUGCAAUAACCGAAGGGGGCCAGGACACAAUCCACACUGUAUACUAUGCAUGGGCAAUGCAACAAGUAGAUCCUGAAGAACUCGGAGAAGGUGCUAUCUAUCCAAUAUGGAAGCUAAGAGAGAUGCAACAACUCGGUGUUCAAUCCCUAAUCUAGGCUUUUUCUGAUUGGUGAUGUACUAUUAGAUUACUCUGGUUCAUCUCGUUUCAUUUUGUUAUUUAUAUUCUACUCCACACUUUUUCUGGGUUUUGUCACUCCAGCCUCCAGAGAAAGUCCUAGUUAGUAUUUCAUGUUAAUCAGAUAAAAUAAAGAAACUGGGUACUUUUCUCAUUCAUAUAUAGGUUGAUCAAAUGCUCGAAAUGAGCUACUGCCGUGUAGUGUAACGGAAUACUUUAUUUUAUUUGAUUCUUUUGAAAUCGUAACAGAGGUUUAUAUUCAAAUUAAUCAAAGUAAUGCUUUCACUU